AUGACUCAACAAACUGACGCCGAAAACGGCAAAAAUGCAAAAGUCUUGGAAAUCGCCAAGCAAAAAACAAGUGCUGCCAUGGCUGAGCCGAGUUCACCGCCAAGAACCCGUCGUCGCCCACUUCAAUCCAACAAGGUCAGUUAUUUUUCCUGGUGUUAUUCUGUUUUUUUUUUCUUCAAAGAAAAAACCUUAUAAUUAAUUUCUUAACAUUUUUUAUAAAAAAAAAUUUUUCUACUUGAAUUAUCGGAUUUUUGCAAAAUAGGAAAAAAAUGAAGUAAUUUGGAUUUUAGUUUUAGAAAUAAAAAUAUCUAGGAAAAUUGAUAAAUUGAAAUUAUUUCAAUUUUUUGAGGCAAAAAUUAAAAAUACACAAUUUUCUGCUUAAAAUCUCAGACUUUGUGUUAUUCGAACCCGUGUUUCUUUUCAAAUCGAAAAGCUUCAAAAUUCACAUGGGCUGUAUUUUUUAAAAUAGAAAGUUUAUCCAUUUUCUGUUAAAAAAUUCGGGUGGUGAAUAUCGUAAUCCAUGUUUGUAAGGAAUAAAUGGGGAAAUAUUUAGAAAAACAGAUUUUUUUGAAUCCUGUUUUUCAAAAAAUAACAUUUCAUUUUAGACGAGCCAUCCACGCCUAUCACCACACAUUCCGCUGCUAUCGCCGGUCAAGAUGGACAAAAUCGCAGAUCAUGGACCAAUUAAAAAACGCAAGGUUUUCGAAGAAUCUUCGCUGGACAUGAAUCCGGAAGCAUUCACUGAAGUCAGUUUUUUUCAAAGUUUUUUGUUGAAUUUUGAAACAGAAACAUUUCCGAGAUUGGCGAUGUCCAAAUUUUCAUAGAAAUUUUCAAAAAAUUUGGAAAUUAAUAUUUUGAGUCAAGAAUUUUUUAAAAUUACUGAAAUCUGAAAAAUUUCUACCUCUUUCCUGUCAGAAGUUUGUGAACUUUUUUAAAAUAAAGUUUUCAACCAGACUUUUACCAACUAUUGAAAAUAAUUAAGGUUUAACCAGAAAAAUAUCAAAAUUCCCUAAUUGUAAUUAUAAAAUUUUGAAUUUCUAAUAUUCCAACAUGAUUUAUUUGGAAUUACAUUAAGGCAAAAUUUAAAGUGAAAAAUGUAUUUUAAAAAAACUAACCUUGAAAAUAUUACAGAAGCCGAAUCAUAACCAUCAAACGCCAACAGGACUUGUCAAUCGAAAUCAAGCAAAAGAAGAUGGCACAUCGCCAAGUGUCCACUCUUCUCCGCUCGAAACACCCGAAAAAAUCCAUCACAUUGAAGCGGCGGAAAUUGUUGAAAGCGGUUUCGUCAUCAACAUCCGAACCAAGAUUGUAGAUGGAAGAAAACAAUUGACACUGGAAAUCCAGCCCGAUUUCGUCGAUAUCGGCGACGUUUCGCUUGAGGAAAACGGCCAUUAUGUCAUCAGCGGUCAAAUGAAAUCAGAUUCAUUCAGAAUUCAAAGUGAUAAAUCGUGCAAACUCAUUUACGGCGAUGUUGAUUUGGAUUCGCAAAGAGAAGAAAUGGUUGCGCAGGCAAAACAGGAAUUGGAAGAAGAUACGGAACUUUUCCAAGGUAUUCGUGUUCCAAAGUCAAUUUAUAUUCCAUUGAUGACAAACGCAAUCGAACACGCAUGCGAGGAGCAAUUGGAAAGACAACGAAUUCAAAACGAUGCCAGAAUAGGAUACGUCCCAGCAAAACCAUCUCGUCGUAAUAUUUCCAGAUCUAGAUCUCCUAGAAAUCGUCGAACUGCUUCACCACCAGCGCCACGACAAAGUACACAAAAUGUUGUCGCAUCGAAAAAUCGACCAGCCAUCAAACCAAUUGUUUUUCCUUCUCCACCGUCAACUCUGCCACAAAAUCCACGUGCACGAGCUGUUGCCAGGCGUUGUAAACAAGUAGCGCCAAUUGCUGCAUUGCCCUCGAAUCCACCGGCAACAAGAAUAAGGCGCGCUAGAGCUGCUGCCGCCAAAGCAACUCAAGCCGCUGCGAUUCCGCCAGCCAAACCGCCUCGUCGACUUCUCAAGAGAAUCGCAGAUGAUAGUCGUCAGGUUCCAUUGCCAAAAUGCACCGCGGACGAGGCUCGAUUCAAAUAUGAAAGUGUUGAUGACAUUCGAAUGGUUCUUGAUAACAUCAAAAAAGCACUGAUGGAACGUAAUUAUGGAUUUGCCGCACUGGACUUGAUGACUCGCCAUACAAAAUUGAGUCGUACUGUCUGCUCAUACGAUAUAGCUCCAAGUGCCAGCAAAUUGGACAAUUUGUUCAAGUCCACCGUCUUUUUAUGUGCAGAUAUUGGCCUCAAGGCCAAUUAGAAUGGUGAGUUGAUUUUGUGCUGACUUCGAUCUGAAAAAACAUUAUUACAGGUUUUUUUUAUCGCAUCUUGUCAAAUAGUUUCAAUAUUUAUCAUAAAUUGUGCCAUUUAUUCGACAAUAUAUUUAUCAUUAUUAUUAUUAUAUUCAAAAAAAGCUGAAAAAACACAAAAAAACUCAAAAAACCACAAAAAUCACAAAAAAAUUUUAUUAUUCGACAUUUUUAUUUAUUUAUGGAUUCAUUAUUUGCCACUUAUUCUUUUAUUUAUUUCGCCCCCUGCAUUUGGAUUGAUCACCCAUGCUCACCUUUUAUUUUGCUCAUUUAUUCAUUUCAUCAAUCGGCCAACACAUGUAUAUUAUCAAAUUGCCGACAACUUCUCCACUUUUUCCACCAAUUCCACCCAUCAAAUUUGGUAUAUUCAAAACCGUUUGCGAUUUCUUUUUGAGGUGAGUUUUUUGUUGAAAAUGAAAAGUAAACUUUUGCCGUGAGGUGUUAACACGCUCACGCGAAAAUGCACACAUUUAAAUAUUUGAAUUUCUCAGCAAAUCGCUGCGUACAUGAACGGUUUUAUCGGCGAAAAAUAGCUACACCGCAGCUACACACCAGCUACACAAAUCAGAGAAGCAACGCGGUUGGCGUCGCGGCUACUUUUCUCAUUUUUGUUUUUGUUUUUUCAGGCCUAAAUUCUUGUGAAAAUCGGGCCAGCAAUGAACAUAAACAUAAUUUUCAACAUUUUUCUUCGUGUUUCAUGAAAAUUAUGUUGAAAUUUCUUUUGAACAUCUAUGAAUUCCCCUAUUUCUCAAGUCUGGAAAUUUUUCUUUCAUUCAGAAUUGUUUUAACUAUCUUUAAUUUCAGGUUUCCGGGAGCGUGAUCGUUGCAAAAUGGCUGCUAAAUGGUGAGGGAAUUUUCUUUAAAAAAACGACAUAUUUCCUACAAAAACAGUUUUCAGAAAACUUCAACAAGUUCAACAACGACAAGGACUACGCUCCACGAAAAUCAGGUCAAAAUCAAUCAGUAUUCAUCCACGCUAAUCUAAAGGUGAGUCAAUAACCGAAAAAGAAACGGGAUAACAAAAUAUGUCUUGGGAAAUUUGGUCAAGUUUAGCUAUUUUUGAAGAUAAAUAUAAAGUUGUUUCUACUCUGAAAAGCAUGAAAAUUCAUCUCAAUUUUACAGAAUAUGCUCUCCGAUGCUCAGUCUCGCCAGCACUCGAUCGAAAUCUCGACACAAAAAACAUGA